AACCACGCACUUUGUUGAAGACGCGUCAAAGAAGUUAGAAAGUCGGCGUUGACUCGCUGUUAUACUUGCACUUCAAAUCCCUCAAAUCACUAUAUUUUAUACGUGAAUAUUGUCAAAGUACCAAUAAUCAAUUUUCAGAACGUGAACCGCUUUGGUGAAGUGUGAAGGAGCAUACACGAUAGAAGAUAGAGACGGUGAACUGGUGAUGGUUGGUAACAAAUGCAAAAGCACCGGGAAUGCACGAAUCGUCCACAAGAUCAUGUCCAAUUGGAACGAAUUUAAAUGACAAAAAUUUGAAAUAAUUUUUAUCAAAACAGGAACACAAAGAAGACAACAAUAAUCGAAAUGACUCUUGAAUUUCAGCCAGUUUCUGAGAUUGGACAAUUGUUGCUAGGUAGUCCAUUCUCCGGAAAUGUUGACGAUAUUCUUGCAAUUGAUUCAAAACUAACUGGCGAUAAAAGUAUCGUGCGUAUCUAUGUACGUCACGGUGCCAAUCUGGUGGCAUUCAAUGUAUCAACUACCAGCACCAGCAGAAGCAGCUCAACGAACCGAAAUAAUCCGACAGGAUGGACUCUACUCUGGAACCACCAGAUUUUCAAAGACGGCCAAAGGACAUCUUAUCCUUUGCGAGCUUACCCUUGGCUAGUCACCGACACCAUGUUGGAUGACGGCAGCGACGGAAUUGUCCUCCGUAACGAAGACGGUCUGGGCUUCUACCGGUUUGAUCCUCAAGAUAAGAACAGAACAUCAACUCAAUCAGGACCACUUCAAGGAUUGACUAGCGAUACCACCUUUCGCGAUUUGUACGGAUGGAAUAACCCAGACCAGUCACUCAUUUUAAUCGGCCGAUUCUAUCGCAAUACUCGGUUGGUUGGAGUCUUGAGUCGCCAAAAGAAAGAACAAGAAUCGGAAACUGUAGUUCAAUUUUAUGCGGCAGCCAAGGAUCGAUUGACGUCACGAAAACCGCAACCGCUUUUCCCCUUACAGAAAAGCAAGAUUUCCACCGACACCCUUACCAGGAUAUCCGGAGCAAUUGAACUGUACACGGCCGAUAUCAAGCGUAACGGACAAGACAGCAUUAUAUUGAGGACGGAAAAUCAAUUGGAAAUGUACACCUUUGAUGAAAAUUUUGCUCUUCCGCAAAUUGCCAAAGUGUCACUUGUAGACGGCCCAUGGACUUCCGGAUUAAAGGAACGAUUCUUCUUUGUCGAUUUGACCGGCCAGCCUUAUCUUGACGUUGUCCAAUUCAAUCGGCACGGACUGUUCGUGUAUCAGCGGAAUAACAAAACCACCUCAGCGGCUGUGAUCCAGGACUACAAUUUCGUCCAUUAUCACGCUGGUUUUACUGAUGCCAACGGCUGGAUACCAGAAUAUGACGAAUCAAUUAAAUUAGUCGACACAAAUGGUGACGGCCGUGAUGACCUCCUCUUUACUGGUCCGAAAGGAUUGACGGUGCUCGGCUUCGAUCCCGUUGCUUUGAUUUGGGAAACUCUUCUGGACCCGAUGUCUCAAAUAGCAAUUCCGCACCGUUUCGCCACUGUAGUUGGAGCUACAAGAUCGGUAACAAAUGGUUUAAAGAAAGAAUCCAUCUUGCUGACAGUUGACGAAAACAAAAAACUUUACAUGGGGAAAUUAUUGGCCAAGAAAAUUCAGCCACCGCCGAAAAAAUCUUCUAACAAAACUAAUCCUGUCAAAAAGACUCCUGCUGUUGACAAGAGCAAGUCUCAGGUAAAGAUGCCGCCGCAAGUGACAAGGACAACUCCGGUUUCGGAGAAGCCUCUGAUGAGAUGGACAGAGCAAUGGGCGGAACCGGUGUCGAUUCCGGACGUUGCCGAUCCCGUAAGCGGUUCCGUGCAUUUCCCGCUACCCGUUUUUGAACCGAGUCACUCCGAUCCUAUUCCGCAUCGAAUUUCGCUAUCGUACAACAGUCAACAAUCCUCCAACUCCAAUCUUGUUGGUUUAGGCUGGACAGUUUCGAUGCCGGAAAAUUACAUUACGGUGGAUUAUCGGGAUAGCAUUUUCCUGGAGGAUGCGGCAUUUUAUUUGAUGGUGGACGGGGUGUCGUUACAACUGAAACUUGUCGUUCCCGAAGGCCAGCAGGGUAGCAGUGAGGUCAAACUUUUUAGCGAGCCUUUUCAGCCUAAAUGGGCAAUCGAAUUCCAUCAAACAGAACAACGAUGGACUGUCGGCACUGAAAAGGAAACAUUAAUUUUUGGAUCCACCGGUAAAGGGGCGAAAGAAGCCAUUCGCUGGAAUCUGAACUGGCCUCUAUGGCGAGGACCUGGAAAAGAUGUGAAAUCCUUGAAACGAGUUCCAGUCGCCUGGUAUUUAAUGAAGCGCCAGGUGAAAGCUACCGGUCGAUCGAUUAUCUAUCAUUACGACAUUGAUUCUGAAGAUUAUAAAAGUUCCGAUCCUGUAUCUAGCUGGACGGCGGCCAUCCGGUUGAAACAGAUCAGCGUCGAAUCAUCAACGACAGUCACAUUUAACUACAAUUUAAAAGGACCUAAGGAAUACAAAUUAUUUGAUCACCCGUUUGAUUCUCGAAAUAACCAGAGCACUUCACUGAUCUUCCCGGUGUCGUUGAGAGAGUCUCAUUUCCUAGCGGGUUGCGACAUUGAAACCGAAGAUUACAAGCAAAGGCUAGAAUUCAAAUAUCAAACGGACGAAAAAGGUAAACGAUUGUUGACCGCCAUCGAGCAGCCGAUACAAGCGGAACUACGUGAAUCCAUUUUUCAGUUCAGUUAUCAAGAAGAGGAUCCAUCAGUUGCGGGACGAUUGCUAAGAGAAAUCCAAUUGCCCAGCGGAUUAAAGGCUCAUUUUCAAUACGACACUGCUCCAGAAAUUGAAAUACCAGAUCCGCAUUCAUCUGUAGCGCAUCCGGUUGAUGAGCGCCCAGCUGUUGACUACAGUCAAGAUUAUGCGGUCAUGGUGUUCCGACAGCGUCAAUUACCCGACAAGAUUCAAGUGAAAAUUCUGGACGCUGAUUCCCUACGAACAUCUGCGGAACUGUCGCCCAUACCAGCAGAAACCCAGGCGGAAGGUAAAGUCGUUUCCUAUGGCGUACGAUCCUUUGAAGACUUUUGCGUCGUCACACUGGAAUAUGAAAAAGUGAAAACACAAAAAAGUUGUUUGUUUCAUCAUAGCAGUGAGAAGGGAGAGAGAAAAUGGUCCAAGGAUCCCACCUGCUAUUGGUUUAAUCCCGAUGCGCAGAUCCAUUUCACCGAGGCAGGUGUCGCCACAAUCAACGGUAAAUCGACAGACGUCAUUCAAAUAUUUCAAUUAUCUCCCAAUCGUUCUAAAUGGACUGAACAUCGUUUGAAAUUACCGUCCGGGCGGGAAGUCGUCCGUUUCGAAAUGCUGGGUCAUUUAAUCGUCGGUUACGACGACAGAAGUCUUUUUAUUUGCCAUCCAGACGGAUCGAAAAGACAAUGGCAGAUGCGCGUGAUUGAAGAAUUGCCCGGCUUGCUGAGCGGUGGAUCGGCCAUUGUCAAAAAAUUCCAAUUGCCAACCGAUCCGGAGAAAAUAUUGAACGACAUUCUCAAAAAAGACCUCUUGCAAUUGUCGAGCAACGCCAUUGCUCUUAGUUCGUUACACCUGAGCAGUCAGCAACAAUUGAUGUUGCAAACUCGUUUGUAUCUGCUGGACGCCACUUACAACGUUGCCCGCCGCAAAGAAUUCAACGUCAAAGGCCAAGAUAUUCUCAAAAUAAGAAGCGAAUUAGACGGUGGUGAUGGUACUAAAUUUACAUUGGGUUAUUACGUUACGAAAAGCGGUUUCUUUCGAGCGAAAGUCGUCAAUGUAUCAGGAAAACUUUUAGCGGACGUUAGAAAAGCUUCGAAAUCCUCUCCCAAAAUGGAAGAUAUUUUGAAAGAAUUGAAUGCGAGAAAAGAUUUUCAAAAGAUAUUUGAUCAGUCCUUCUUGGUCGAUUGGUCCGUACAUCGGACAUUGUUGACUCAAGAGGGAUUUCACGCUGGAAGCGGAACAUUUAUACGAAUGACGGGUGAUGACUGGCAGCUACAGGAAACUAAAAAACAAGAGACGUCCAAAGAAACAAAUAAAAUUCCUCCCAAUUUAAUUCCUUUGGGUAAAUCAUUUGUCUUAGAAGAUUUGGUUACCGACGACAAAGAAAAGGAAUCGAAAACUUCAAGGAACUUUACGCUCUACGCACAGGAUCCUAUGAAACCAAAUCAUAAAAUUGGCCCGCUACUGCACCGGUUAGAAAUUAGUCCUCAGGAUCGGGUCGUCAAUCGUCAUCCAGUGUACUUGGCCUAUGGAACGCGAGAUAACAGUACGGAAGUCGUCCUCUUUUCGGAAGGAGGACUCAAAUUUGGAAAAGUUCAAACUUUCCCGAACGAAGAGCUCUUGAGUGAAAGCAGCUCUUAUGAACGGAUGACAACACUGGCCAUUAAAUCCAAUCGAGACACUUCAACUCCGGAGAAGAUGAAAUUCUUGGCGCGAUCCUUGCGUUCAAUCAACCCCAAUAUGUACAAGCCCGUCAAACGGAGCACUGUUAAUCAAGUAAAGCUGAGCAACAGUGAUGCUAGUCUGACGCGCAUGACUGGCUAUCAGUGGAAAAAUAACGCCAAGGGUAACGUGACUGUAACAAUCAUCCCCGGAAACGAUCAGAAAUUGGCCGGAUGGAUCCAGCAAACCUGGACAAACGACGGAGGCCCUUCCGGUUGGAAUCGAACUGGAAUAGAAUUGUUUGACGCAGACAAAAAUUCAGUUAAAAAUGAAAAGAAAACCCAGAACGAAUCUGAAGAUCAAUCGAAGACGAGCAACAGCGUUUUGUGGGACAACAAAAAGGAGCGGAUUGUCAGCGAUUUCACACCAUUUAAUUUAACCGAUCAAAUGGUGUCCUACUUUGGAUUUGAAUCUUAUGAAGUCAACUCCCGUUGGGUAUAUUUUGAACCCAACGUGGUGAAAAGAGGAUUUGCGCUUACUGGGGCCAACUUCUUACGGUUAACCGACGACCAGCCGCUGCUAGAAGGAACGUUCCACCCGACUAUUCAACAAUCAACGUAUCUUGCGUCUUGCUGGGUUCGCCCAUCUGACGGAGUGGCCAGUACGACUGAAGUGGAUAAAAUCACGGGCCAUUUGAAAGCCACCAUCAGCGUUAAAGAAACGCACGAAGAAAUUGUUGGCCUGUUGGGACGAAUCAUGCGCAAGGUCGGUGAUUGGUCCUACAUUGAAUUACUGAUCGAUUUCGAUAUUGUCAAGCGUCUUUUUAUCGACAGUAUAGUCGAUAACAGUGGAAAAAAUGCAACAACAAUACCUCAGUUCACCAUCACAUUAAAGGUUGAUGCCAAACAAGACGGCCGGACAUCCGGCCUUGAUGUGGAUCACGUGAGAUUCACACCAAUGGUGCACGACUUUAAAGCGACAGUUUACGACUCAGAUAACGGCCGACCCAUCUCCGUGAUUGGCUCUAGUGGUUCCAUCAGUCGAACCGUUUGCUACCGUGGCCGUGAAAUGGCAAUUGUAACGGACGUGACUGUCAGUGGACAGCAACAACUGGAGCAAGUGGCAACAUCUAGUUACACCGGUCGUUUAAUCCCCACGCCAAAUGGAUCAAUCGUCACCGGAGCUAAACGGAGUCGCACCGUUUUCUAUCCGGAGAAUGGCGGACUGUACGAAAUUUUCGACUCUUACGCUUGGCGGAACCGCUGGAAUGAUUCAUCUAAUGAUUCGUCGGUCUGGACGACAGCUCCGGCUCGACUGUGGCACAAUCAUCAACAAUCUCAUCAACUCCUCAGUGUUGAUCCUUCCAUUCUGUUUGGUGCGGAAUCGUCGUCGGCAGCUAUCCGCUGUUAUUAUUCGCUGAUUUCUCCGACCUCAUCCAUGACGUGGAAAAUGGCAGGUGGACAAGUUCAAUUUGCCCGAAAAUCUCCAAAGACAUCCAGUACAUUGACGUUUCAAGUCCAGCCGGACGCACCCCACACCACCGUGACCGAUUUACCCAAUAGCGGCGAAAUUAUUAUGAUGACCGAAGGAGGUCGUUUCUUCAUCUGGAUCGACAGUGUCCUUCUUCUAGACCGUCUAGUUGCUUCUUUAUCCGCUAAAAAUCCAUGGACUUUUUUCGCUUUUGAGGCUCAAGGAAACACCUUCGUCGAGGAUUGCAUUUUCAUGGGAAAUCCACGUACCGAGAUGGAAUACAUGAACGAAUGGGGCGAGAAGAUGCAAACAAUCCAGUUGGAGUCGGAUAGAUCCGUCCUUGUGUCGCAGACUCUUUACGACGCGUUAGGUCGGUCCGCUAUAACGUCAAAAAUAACAAGAAUCACAAUGGAUGACCGGAAGCCCGGAAGUGCGCUGUUGGCAUAUUACUCUGAUUUUGUCAGCGGACCCAUCGAUCCGGCUAAUCCACUUUCAGUUUGGCAAACCCAUCGUCUUCAAGGUGAAGUAGAUCGUUUGAAUCCAUUUGACGGAGGAGUCCCUUACUCUCGCACAGAAUAUGAAACUAAUCCGCUGAAUGAAAAACGAGUGGAAGGGCAGCCUGGCCUGGAUUUCACCGUCAAUGGACGAUACGCCAAGAAAUUCCGGACAUGGGUGAGCAAUAAAGAUAAAAUUGAUGUCAUCGACAAUCAUUUCCCGACGAGUAAAGGCUUCCGGCAUAAAAUGGAAGAAAUGCCGAAUGGAACUAAAAGGGUUGCCGUCUUUGAUAGUCAAGAAAACAGAGUGGCUCUUUACAUCUACGUGCCUGGUUACAACCACCUGCUGAGCACUUACGAAUACAAUUCCAAAAAUCAGCUGAUAAAAAUCCUUCCGCCCAUUUAUCACGAUCGUGCUGAUACGUUUUUGAAAUCCGGUCCUUUAUGGCCUAUGACGAAUACGGAAAUGAGCGGUCAGCAACUGUCACCGGAUGAGAUUAAUUGGCAGAAAACUAUGGGCACUUAUAUGACGUACGACAAUGCCGGUCGACUUAGUUGGAAAACGACGCCGGAUACUGGUACUUUUGAGUACUAUUACAAUCGAGCCGGACAAAUCCGUUUACAGGUACACUUCAGUUCAGAAGAAUCCGACGAAAUCGACAGCGUUGUCUUUUAUGAAUACGACAAUGGCGAAAAAUCUGUCAGCCGGACAGGAUUUUUGGAGCAGAUGCCAAUGUCUCGCGAAAAAUUCCAAAAAUCUUUAGCCGAGGGAACGCUAGCAAACGUCAAAGAUUACCAAUUGAUUGAUCGAACAGAAGCGGAAGAACGACAUUAUGAUCUUUCCUUCUCGAGAGGUGAACGUAACGCCACCUUUGUGACGCACAAUAUCGAUUACAAUGUAGUGGAAGAGAUGCGCUGGGACGAACAAGACCGUCUCCUGAAAUCCAGACGAAUCGUAUCCGAUGAGCAGUUCGAUUCAGAAGUCCACAGGACCUACUAUUCACACAGUAAUAGAUUACGGACUAUUCAAUAUCCAUCAGUCAAUGGCGACAAUAAUCUGGCCAUCAAACUGGAACAUCAUUACAAUAAACUUGGACAACUGACCGGAUUGAGUUUGGAUGGCCAGUUUGGUGAAAUUGUUCGUUUCAGUUACCACGGAAGUGGGCAAUUGGCCAGUGAAUACGUUCUACCUGGAAGCCAACACAAUUUCAAUCGAACUUUUAAUUACAAUUCACCUGGCUUCCUAGAACAGAUUUCUGAUCCUUUCCUUACAGAAUUGGUGUCAUACACGGACGGUGGUUACGGCCGAGGCGGAUCAGGUGAUGGAUAUGUUACGCAGACUACAUUUAACGCUACGUGGUCACCCAACGCGGACUGGCGUUGGUUUCAAGUGUCUGAUAAUUCAAAACUCUUAUUAAAUACCAGCACCUCUACAGGCGAAGUUUGUCUUAAUGCUCUUAAAAGAAAUGGUUACAUGACCAAAACAGGGCGACCUCUCAAAGACUAUUACCCAAUUAUUGACAAACAGAAUAAAUCAUGGAUGCCCUUGAUUUGCGGAGGACGAACUGGCCAACAACUGGCCAAAGUUUUGGCUCAAAAGCGGAUGCCUCGAGUCUAUGGCCACCGAUAUUCUUACGGAAACCACCGGGAACUUGUCAAAGCCAAAUAUUUUACAGAAGAGACUGAAAAGGUAGCCGUUCCGUUCCAGCCAGACACAUUGGCUGAACUGACGGUUCUGAGCAAGCAACAAUCACGUGACAUUUGGAAGAAACUGGAAGAAGCUGGAUUCAUCUUUACAGAUCAGCGGAAAUCCGACUGGUCGACAGCCGUUGCCAACCCAGGCGUAACAUCUUUGGUGAAAAGUCAAGAAUUAAACACUCGUCUUGUUGCGGCAGUUGCUAAUUCCACUCAAAAUGACGUCACACCUUACCGAUAUCUCAUCGAAAAGAUGAUUUUGAACGACAUCGGUCAAAAGCGGAAUGAAAUACAAAAAUUGGAAGACUUUGAGAAAAUAUUUAUCCAGUGGAAAGGCUUCGACGAUGGAUUACUGACCUCAGGAAUCGAUCAAAUUAAGCAGACAGCUGAUUUAAUCCACCGCAAUGUUCUGGGACAAGUUAAAGACAACUCGGAAUGGUUAGAUGCAAAACUGAUGGAAAUCUUUCGUCCGGUUCAGUAUUCAAAACACUUGGCCGAUUUCAUCCGCAUCCUGAACCAGCAUUUUACUUACGGUUUGGGUCAGCAUCCGUUUGAUGUAGCCUCGUAUGACAUCGACGCCAAUGGGAACCACCGUAAAUUCUACACGGGUUUCAAUCGCUACGAAUUUUUUUACGGUGACGACAAAGCAAAUCAGAUCCGGUCUGUCAAAGUGGAAGGACCGGGUCAACUCGACGAUAAGGAAGCGAAGAAAGCGAUGCUUCACGAUACCCGUGGAAACGUCAUCCAAGCGCUUCACAAAGGCAUCGACCGGAUCGAGUACAACAGUGCAUCGAUGAGAACAAAUGCCAUUUAUCUGAAAGAUGGGCGAACGGUUCGAUUCGCCUAUGACGCCCACGGUGAAAGAAUUCAGAAGCGACUGAUGGCCAAAGAUGGCAGUCUGAUACAGGAAACACGUUAUGUUCGUGACACAGAAGGUAAAGUUCUUUUCGAUCGACGAACUACUUAUUCCUCGACGAGUUCGUCGUUACUUCCGGAACUGAAAGAUGCAGCGGCUGUAGUCGUGUCCACGUCUUACAUUUACGGCCCUCGCGGACUCCUCGGCUUCGUUCGCAACGGCGCUUUCCACAGCGUGUGGACUGAUCACAUCGGCUCGAUCCGGUUGGUCUUACGAGAUGGCCAAGUGGUGGCCGCUUACGAUUAUCUUCCUUACGGCCAAUUAAUGCGCUCCCACUGUAGUGAUCCGGCGGCUGAAAUUUUCUAUCGUUACACCGGGCAAGAAUGGGACGAAGAAACGGGACUUUACAACUACCACGCCCGACUCUACGAUCCGGAUAUUGGGCGGUUCUAUCAACCGGAUCCUCGUGAACAAUACUUUAGCCCAUACAAAUACGUGGGCAAUUCGCCAGUCUCACUGGUAGAUCCUGAUGGAGAAUUUGCUCUCACAACGUUGUUGGUCGCUGGUGCUUUGGCGUUAGCUGGUGCUUAUAUUGGAGGAGCAUCCGCCAACAAACGUUGGAAUCCGCGAAAAUGGAAUUGGAGGAGUAAGAAAACUUGGAUGGGCAUUGCUGGCGGUGCGCUUGCUGGAGCCACGCUCCCUUAUGCCGCAGCUUCGGCUGCUGCUGCUAUCGGAGUUUCGAAAGCAAUAGCUGUUGGUGCUGCAGCCGCAUACGUCUCGGGGGCUGCCCAAAACAAGAGUUGGAAUGUCGCCAAGUGGAAUUGGAAGGAUCCGAGUACGUAUAAUGCACUUUUUACAGGAGCUGCUACCGGAUUGGGCAUUGUCGGAUCAGUAGCAGGCGCUCAUCAGUUGGCCAACACGUUCGGAUCGGUUGGCAAAAAUCUGCUUUUAGGUUCAACUUAUGGCCUAGCAGGUGGCAUGGCUUACCACAAGGGUAGAGAAGAAAAUGACGGCAAAUGGGCUCCAUGGAAGUGGGAUUGGAAAAAUCCUGGCACUUACAAUGCGCUAAUGGAAGGCGUUGACAGCGGCAUCAGUUGGCCUACUGAUUUGACCGAAUUGGGUACGGGAUUGUUCAAAAUGGCCAAAAAUACUCCGAGAAGUUUAGGUGCGAUUGUUCCUAUGUUGGACAAUUUGAAAUUGAAGAAUUUAAAAUCAACGUUCGCAAGUAUAUAUAACGGGCCGAUUGGUCAAGCUGCAUCAAUUGGUCUCACAGCUUAUAUGAUGAUGAAUGAAGUCGACGACGAUUUCGAACCUAGCGGCGGGAGUCGCUCAUCCUUUGCUACGUACGAAACAUUUCUUAAUGGCCUAUCUUUUAGCAAGACUGGUCGAAACAUGAUGAGAGCGAGCGCAAGGCAGCAACCGCAGCCGACUUAUAACUAUAAAUUUGACGCGGGAAAUUUUGAAAAUUCAAACGAGUUGAAACUCACCACUGAAAAGAUGGAGAUCGUCAUUGGCCAGGCGUUUGAUAUCAUCCGGAAAGAUAUUUUGAAGUCUUCCUUGGGAAAUCUUCAAAGACCUGCAGACAAAAAACUUUUAGAGAUUCAGAAGACACGCUCAUUAGUUCUGCCAAAGGACAAAUUGGGCCUUCAGUUUUCAAUCAAACAUCAGCAGAGCACUAAGAAACCACAAGAAUUACCCAAGACACCGGUUGCAUCGCAUCGCCUGGUGGCCAUGGAAGAUGUCAAAAGUCGAAUCAGAAAUCGACAAAACGAAGUUUUUACAGACAGAGAGAUUGGGUCGAGCGGUUGUCGUUCGGGAUUGGGAAAUCCUCGUCCUAAAUCGGAAACAUCAAUGGCAACCGUUUGUCGAGUUCCAGUCCCCGACACAGGAAAAUUAAGUCAGCUCAAAGACGAUCCUGUUGGUUUGAUGAAAGAGACGGCCGUUGGCACCUUUUCAAUUAAAGGGGUGGUUCCUAAAGAUGGGCGUGCAAGUUUCGAAUUAAUUCAUGCCGAUGGGCCUGGCUACUAUUUGACGGUGUCUAAAAAUCCUUCCGCAAUUUCCGGCUACUGGUUAGUUCCGGAAGGCGGCCAGAACGAUGGAAAAAUCCGCAUCAAUCCUGUGGGUGAAACUCGGCACAUUUUCACCAGUGAAAUGCAAGGAAAUUCUAUUUACAUCAAAUACGACAAAACAAAAUCUGAAAUGGAAGUCUAUCAUCACAAUCGAAAACGUCCAAACGCCAUUUAUCUCAACAACAACCCAAAAACGACUCUGAAAAUUAAACGGACAACCGACAGAGGUGGCGAUUACGUCAACGAAUCUGGCCAGACAAUCCCAGAGCUGACUGGUGCAAAAGAAUUAUUCGACGCCAAAGGAAAAGUCAUAGACCCUAAAGGUGGUGUUAUUAUUCCGUUGGAGAAUAUUUACCGCAAAGAUGCAAAAGGCGCUUUGCAGAUGGUUAAAGGAUUGAAGGGAAAAAAUAUGGAAGAUUUAAUCAAAGAAAAUAAAGCAAUUAAACAAAAAGAAGACAUUUUGGCAAAAGAAUACGACACUAUCGUGACACAAAAAGAUUACCUCGGCUUCCCGUUCAUCUGGCCCCUGUUGACUGCUAACAAACAAUAUCCCCAAAUCUCCGCAACGUUGCUGCUAUUCCGUGACGAUUAUUUCAAGUGGCAUGUCGUUUCUCAGAAAAUUCAACAUCCACAAACAUCAGCUAACGCCACCAUAGAGUCGGCAAAGGAACAAUUUAAAAUACCUUUCCAAUUGCAGGAGUUGACGUCUUUGCCGUUUCCAAUCGGACCCUUAAUGUAUACAAAUGCGCUAAAUAUCUCCCAGGCUUCUCUGGCUGUAGAGAUGAAGCCAUCCUUGCAUGAUCGUAUAAAGACAACGGCGGAUAUUCGCGAUUUGGACAUGGGAAAUUCUACCAAAGGGAGAUCACGACGCUCCACCUUGAUGGUAGAAAACAGCAAUACAAAUUAUAACUACAAAUGUCAAUUGAAGAAUGAGGAUGAUAGUCACCAUAACAAUUAUUUCAAUCAAACGGAUGAUAUCCUUCAGUCUCCUAUAAAUGUGGCCUCUAGCGCAACUCGCCCUGGCAGCUGGAUCGAUUUCUUUUCUCAUUUGACCGGCCGUCAAGUUCUCUCAUCCAUGGCUUCAGCCGUCUUACUUGAUUCAAUUCUCGAAUUUAUGUCUCUACCUGAUGAUAGAACUGAAAGCAGCCAUCAGCAAUUUGACGAAGUACCAAUAGUAGAACUAUCAUCACAACUUUACUCUGGCCGAAAAGAUUACCGUGACGCGGUGAUGGGAAAUUGUUAUUCCUUUUCAUCGGAUACUGACUGCUUUGAUGACACCAUUGUUUGUUACGGCCAUCGGGGACAGACAAAAGUGUUUUCCCAUUCACCGUCGAUCGACACUUGUCCUCCUCCGUUGCAACAGGAUCAAGACACUUACCGCGACUGCCGACCGAUCGAGUGGCACGGCCAACCAUCAGUGACCUGUCGUGGCGACGAAACCACUUUCAUUCACACCCCGUACAACACGAAUUCGGCGGCUGCUAAUUUCUUCCGUGCCGUCGACAGUUGGCUGAUUUUAGCUUACGUCACACCAGGAAUUUACAGAGAAACGGUUAAGUUUGUCAGACACGUUAAAAAUGUUUGGACAAACAAAGGAAGAAUCAGUGUCCCUAUCAGCGAUGAAGAUAAGGAAUCGUGGAAACACCAACUGGAAUUACUGGAGAAACUCUUAGCUGAACAACAGAUGCGACAGCCGAAACAAGUCACUUGGGCGUUGCCCUUGAUUGAGGAAUUGCGUCAACAGAUUGGUUUGUUAUGCAAAAAAGACAAUGCUGAAACCAUGGACGAUAUCCGAGCAGUCAAGACGAUGACGGAAAGGCUAACGGCACUCGUGGAAGAUGUGGAAGAAACAGCCGAAGAGCAUAUUACGGAAGAGGACGACGAAGAAAUCUUUUACGAUUGCAUGGAAGAGUUCCCAUCUGCAGACGGGCCUGUAUUUGAUGAGGCCAUAAACCAUGCAGAGUUGAUUUCGACUCGGUUAUAUCAUUUGGUAUUUCAUGCCGAUGAGUUUUUAUUACAAUGGAAACAAAGUAUAUCGGAGUUUUAGAUGUGGAUGCAACUAUAUACUUUCUUCUCAUGUAUUGACCUAUUAUUGUUGUUGGAAUAGACUCAUUUUUAUUGUUGGUGAAAAUAAAAUAGUGGUAUAUUGAG